AUGGGGCCCGAUGAACACUGCGGCGGGCUCCUCGGACUCCGGCCGCAUGACAUCAACAAGGGUACGUUUUCAUGCCCAAAUCAUCCCCCUGUCGUACCGCAUGAUGAUGCUAUUUCUAUGAAUUGUCAUUCACCUCCCUUCCCUAAGAUGGAAUUUCCAAAGUUUGACGUCGAUUCUGCUCGGUUUUGGUGUGAUCAAUGUGAGGUAUUCUUUGAGGUCUACACUGUGCAUCCAACCUUGAAGACGAGAUUCCCUACGCUCAACUUCAAGGGAAUGGCAGCUACGUGGUUGCAGACGGUACAGAGGAAAGGGCGGAUUACUGAAUGGAAUCAGCUCUGUGAAAUGAAGGACUUCAACAAGAGUGCUUGGAAGUCUAGGGUGGAGAAGGCUAAGGCUGGUGAAACUGACAAGAAUGAGCAAGCCAAUCCAAGGCCAGAGACAGAGGACAAGUUGUCAGCUCUUAAGGAGUUCAGGAAGAAAAAUGAGUUGUGCUUUAAGUGUGGCAACAAGUGGGCUCCAGGUCACAAGUGCCCCAGCAAAGUGCCAUUGCAUGUUAUUAAGGAGAUUCUUGAUGCAUUAGAAGCAGUUGUUGAACCACCAGAGCUUGAGACUACUGAAGAUAUUGAAGAAACUAUGCUAGCUGUGGGUCAUUCAAAGGACACUACUACUGGCAGACGCAAGACUUUGAAGCUAUGUGGCAGGAUUGGCAAGAUGGAUGUGCUUAUACUUGUUGAUUCUGGCAGUGUGGGAACUUUUAUCAGCACUCAGUUAGCUGUCAGGUUGCAGGUGUCUCUCAGUGAGUGUCCUCUUACUCAUUUUGUAGCUGCAGAUGGGACCCCAAUGGUGUGUUCUCAUCAGGUGAAAAAAUUGCAAUGGAAUGUGCAAGGCCAUUCUUUCAUUUCCACUAUUGGGGUGCUUCCCCUUAAGUGUUUUGACAUGAUCUUAGGGGAAGAUUGGCUUGAGUCUUGUAGUCCCAUGUGGAUCCACUAG